AUGAGUUACAGCGAUUUUUCUAUUGAUUCUUUAGAAUGCUCAAAAUUUAUAAAUUCUAAUGAUAAUAUUAAGUAUGCCAGACAAAAUACAACAUCAGGUAAUAAUGAGUGGCAAUUGAUUGAAUCGAUUGACUUAAUGUCUGUUCCUUUGUAUUCUGGACCUGUUUCCUUACAAGAACUUAAAAGAAUAGAAGUUAAUGGUGAUAAAAUAUUAGAACUAGAAACUAAAGAAUUUUCAAGUAUGAAUAAGAAAAAAUAUUUAUCAAGUACUACAAAUAAAUCUAGCAUAAAUCUAAAGAAUUUUAAACAUUCUAAAAAGCAAGAAAAAAAUUACAAUCCAAGUGUAUUUAUGAACAUUGAUAAGAUUGAACAGAUGAAACAAAUAUCACCAAAUAACAUAGUAAAACCCAAAAGGAACAUUAACAAUAUUAAUUUGUUAAAAAAGAAAUAAUAUUACAAAUAUCUAAAUUAUAUAGAUUGGAUAACAAAAUAUAAUGUUUAAUUCCUUAAAUAAAAGAGUAUGUUAUUUUUAGAAUAGUUGAUAUUAGUUUGAAGAUUUUAAAUGAAUGUUUAUUAGUUUUGUUGUGUAUCUAACAACUUUGAAACAUUAAACCUGCUUCAAUCUUCAACUAUGAGAGUUGUUUUUAAUAAGAAAUAGUCUAAAUUGGUACUUUAGAUGAAUUUUAGUUAAAAAUUGUCAGUCAUUUUUUCUAUAAUAGUGGAAAAAAAUUAAUGAAAAAAAGGAAUUUUAAUAUUUGACAAAACUGAUUGUUUUUUUUUUUUUUUGGCCUUACUCGAUAAUAAAUAACAGAAAUUACAUAAAACUUUCAUCAACUUUUUUAUUACUAUUCCCAGUUUAUGAUAAAAUUUGAAAAAUAUAUCUUUAAAUUAU